GAUCUUCCAUUAGAGCUCCUUCCUUUAAUUGUACAACAAAUAAUCAGACCACAUCACCUCACACAAUUAUGUCUCGUCAACAAGGACUUCUACUCCUGUGCUGUUCCGCUAUUGUAUGAGCGAACCGCAAUCUUCGCGUGGCACAGAGAAGGAAAGAAAAGAGUGUGUGAACACUUU